CUGUAUAAAACACCAGCUGGCCAGAGACUUCUCACCAGAUCCAAGAGGCCAAGCAACUCGAACUUUCCUGCACACCAGGUUCAGACAUGAGUUCCUACCAGCAGAAGCAGCCCUGCACCCCACCCCCCCAGCCUCAGCAGCAGCAGGAGAAACAGCCCUGCCAGCCUCCACCCCAGGAUCCACGUGUUCCUGUACCCAGAGACCCACACACAAAGGUUCCACAAACUGACAGCACCAAGGUUCCUGGGCCGGUCUACCCCACCAUCCCUCAACCUGGCGACCCCAAGGCACCAGAGCCCUGCCCCACAACGGUCGUUCCAGGCUCAUCCAAGAAGAAGUAAUGUGGUCCACAGCCAUGCCCUUGAGGAAGAAAUUUCCAGAUGCUGAAUACUUUUUUCCCUUCUUCUUCUUUGUCUUCAUUGGGUAGAUUUUCUAGUCAGUAUUUUUUCACCCUGAGUCACAGCCUCUCAUCUUUGCAUCCUAAAAAUAUGUGCUAUGAAGUUUUCUCUACACACUCCAAAGAGUCUCCUGAGCUCUGAAUUAUGCAGAAGGCCUUAGUGGCUUUGUAGGUCCUCAGUGGCUCAGGGUUCAUCUGAAGGGGUAAUCUGGAUGGGAAAAAAUACAUGUUUUCCUUUCUGUCUCUAUUAAAACACUUCUAAGUGCA